AUGGAAUCCCAACCCCACACCCACGAAGAAAUACCAACAGACCCAUCACCAGCAACAGCAGCAACAACAGAAGAAAUAGAAACAGAGCAACGCCAAAAAGAAGCCUUAGCAGCUUUCACCGCAACGCUCCACAGCGUCGGCGCAAAUCUCGAAGCACCACUCCGCGAACGCGCAGCAAUAAUCAACUCGAAUGCAGGCUCAUUGGAGAGACAGGAAGCCGAAUUAGCGGGUCAAAGCAGCCAGUUGGCGAAGCAGAAUGAGAGUUGGGAACGGAUGAACGAUGAGACGAGGGAGGGGUUGAAAGAGAUUGGGGACGUUCAGAAUUGGGCGGAGAUGAUUGAGAGGGAUUUACUUGUUCUUGAGAGUAUGAUGGAUGAUGUUGAUGGAGAUGAGAUGAGUGUUGAUGGGAGUUUGGAGCAUGAGCAUGAGCAUGAUGGGGUUGCGUAUGUGCAUGAGAAUGGAAAUGGUAAUGGUAAUGGGAACAUGGAUGUGGAAAUAAAUGGAAAUGGAAAUGCGACUCCGAAUGGAGACGGAGAUGGUGUAAAGAAAGGUAAGAAGGAAAAGAGGAAGAGCUGGUUUUUUUGGUGGUGA